UAAGUGGAAGAGAUAUCAUGUCAAUUUGGCGAGGAGAGUUUGAAGAGAACUUUGAUUAAGUAAAAACUCUUGAAUUGAUUAAGGAUGAACGUGCAUAUAUUCCAAUUCAUAUCCUUCUAAAAUUUAUCAAUCUUAAAAGACUCAAAUUAAAAGUGAGUUCAUACAAAGAGAUAUUCUCAUAUGAAGAAGGUGAGGAACAUGUUGGAGCACUUGCACAAUUAAAAUUUCUAAAAUUGUAGGGACUUUUUAAUUUAAAGUGCAUUUGGAAACAAGACUUUCAAUUCAAAUCAAUUCUUCAAAAUCUUCAUGAUUUAACUGUAGCAUAUUGUCACAAUUUGAAGACUUUGUUGCCGCCUUCAUCAUCUUUUGAAAAUCUAACAACUUUGAAGGUAUCUUAUUGUAACGGAAUGCAAAACUUACUUGUAUCCUCAAUAGCCAAACGUCUAGUGUGCUUAGAAAACUUGAAAUUAAGAGGAUGUGAAAUGAUGAUAGAAGUAUUAGCAAAUGAAGAAGAUAUAGAGGAAGAUGAAAUUGUUUUUGAGAAACUAAAGGAAUUGACCUUGGCUAAAUUAAAAAGUCUCACAUGCUUCUAUCAUGGGAAGUACGCCUUAAAUUUCCCAUCCUUGGAAUCAUUAAAUGUGUAUGGAUGUUUUAAGAUGAAGACUUUCUCUGGAGAAGGCUUAGACAUGCCAAGAUUACAGAAGGUGAACAUGAAAGUUUGCACAAAUGACCUUAGUUCAGUCAUACAACAAUUACAAAAUGAUUGUUCAGAGUUCUGUGAUAGAAUGAGAAAAGAAUUUUUUGAAGAAUGGAAGUUAAAUGGUUAGUCAUAUUUCUUCUUAAGCUUAUUUCAAAAGAAUAUAUACAUUACCUUCAUAAAUUCAAUUGAUUUAGAAAGUAAGAAUGAUUAUUUCCAACCAAAACGUUCCUGAAUUGAUAAUUUUCCAUUUUUUAAGUUUGAAAAUUUAAUUUCUCAAAUGGAUACCUCUUCCUUCAAAUGCAACAGCUCCUAAAGCUUUCUUUUGAUCCCACCAACACAGGACCCUACUUCAGUGUCUCCCAUGUUCGAAUUCUCAAAUAUGGCAGCUUCCUUUCAUUUACUAAUUUUGCACUUGUUUAAUUUACAUUGUUUCCACACUAACAGAAGUUUCAUGUCACUGUGGAGGAUUCUUUAGACUGGGAUAUAGACCACCUAUUGUCAGCAUGAGAACAGGACUGAAGCUCGACGACGAGCAUGGAAGAUGAAGAGGAAAGCAGUAAUGUUUGAAGGGUUGUCAAAUGAUCAAUUGAUGAUGGCAACAACAGUUGAAGUUUGUCAAAGAAAGUUUCAGGCAAAACCAUACAUUAAACCCCGUCAUAACUUCACCCUUUCUCUCUUUUUUCUUUCUUUAUUUAACUCAUA